AACUUUCAAGGUUCUCACACGUGGAAUUCUCAAUGUAGUCUACAGUUUGCAAAGGAGUCAAACGUCUAAGUCGAAGCGGAGAUGGACAUCUACGAGGGCCAACAGGUAGAGCGGAGGAGGAUGUCGGGAGACGCGCACACCCGAGGGGAGCACUUUGUCCGGCACGAGACUGCGGCACAGCGUUACAGCGCCACCCGGAUUCAGGCGGGACUGGGCCCGGAGAGGUUUUUGUUGUCUUUCAGUGACUUCCUGAUUCUGCCCGGCUUCAUUGACUUCACCUCAGACGAAGUGGAUUUAACAUCAGCGCUGACCAAGAAGAUCACAUUGAAGGCCCCCCUCAUCUCAUCCCCCAUGGACACCGUUACAGAGUCGGCAAUGGCUAUCGCAAUGGCACUAAUGGGAGGCAUUGGCUUCAUCCACCACAACUGCACACCGGAAUUCCAAGCAAAUGAGGUCCGCAAGGUCAAGAGAUUUGAGCAAGGUUUCAUCACGGACCCAGUGGUGAUGAGCCCGCGCCAGACUGUCGGCGAUGUGCUUGAGGCUAAAAUGCGCCACGGCUUCUCGGGUAUCCCCGUCACCGAAACGGGCAAAAUGGGCGGAAAGCUGGUGGGCAUCGUCACCUCCAGGGAUAUCGACUUCCUCUCGGAGAAGGACCACACCAAGCCUUUGGCGGAGGCAAUGACAAAGAGGGAUGAGCUGGUGGUCGCUCCGGCUGGCGUCACGCUGAAAGAAGCAAACGACAUUCUUCAGCGCAGUAAAAAAGGCAAGCUGCCCAUUGUGAAUGACAACGACGAGCUCGUGGCCAUCAUCGCCAGGACGGAUCUGAAGAAGAACCGCGACUACCCCCUGGCCUCCAAAGACUCGCGUAAGCAGCUGCUGCGCGGUGCCGGCACCCGCGAUGACGACAAGUACAGGCUGGACCUUCUGGGGCAGGCGGGCGUUGACGUGGUGGUGUUGGACUCAUCACAAGGCAACUCAGUGUUUCAGAUCAACAUGAUCAACUACAUCAAGCAGAAAUAUCCAGAAUUGCAAGUGGUGGGAGGAAACGUGGUGACAGCGGCGCAAGCCAAGAAUCUGAUCGAUGCUGGCGUGGACGCGCUGCGGGUGGGCAUGGGCUGCGGCUCCAUCUGCAUAACACAGGAAGUUAUGGCGUGCGGGCGGCCUCAAGGGACCUCUGUGUACAAGGUGGCAGAAUAUGCCCGGCGCUUUGGCGUGCCCGUCAUCGCUGACGGUGGCAUCCAGACGGUGGGACAUGUUGUCAAGGCACUCUCACUGGGAGCAUCCACCGUCAUGAUGGGCUCCCUGCUGGCAGCGACCACUGAGGCUCCUGGCGAGUACUUCUUCUCGGACGGCGUCCGGCUCAAAAAGUACCGUGGCAUGGGUUCCCUCGAUGCCAUGGAGAAGAGCACCAGCAGCCAGAAACGUUACUUCAGUGAGGGAGACGCAGUGAAGGUGGCACAGGGCGUGUCAGGCUCGGUGCAAGACAAGGGUUCCAUCCACAAGUUUGUACCGUACCUCAUAGCCGGUAUCCAACAUGGCUGCCAAGACAUCGGGGCCAAGAGUCUCUCAGUGCUUCGCUCCAUGAUGUACUCUGGCGAGCUCAAGUUUGAGAAGAGAACCAUGUCGGCACAAGUGGAAGGUGGCGUUCAUGGACUUCACUCUUACGAGAAGCGUCUUUACUGAGCUGAGGAUGGGCCACCAUACCACCUUAUUAAAAAACAAAAAAAGAAAAGAGAAAAAAAAACAAAACCAAGUGACCAAACGCUUUUAAAUGACGAUAGACCUCCCACCCCUUCCACCGUGAUGUCCACCUGUAGCUCCUCUCCACAUCCGACUUUCCACCAACAUCAAGUGCGGGAAUAGCGGGAGGGGUGCUUUGCGCACGAGACAAAUCAGGGUUUCCAGAUGUUCCACGGCGACACGUCUGACUCUCGCAUUGUGCCACUACGUUUGUGGUCGUGUUUAUUUUAACGGGGGUGAGUUCUCUUGUUUACUUUGCACCCUCGGGCGCCGCCCCCACUCAUUCAUGAGCCCAAAUAUCACGCAGCGGGACCAAAAAAACAAAACAAAACAAAACUGAAUAUAAUCAGGUAUGUUUCCACGAGUGAGUUUAUGUAAAAGCUGUACAGUCUCUUCUGGGCUUUGGGAUGGAGCAAUGAAGGGUUUUUGAUAUGCAUGUUCUUUUUCCACAAGCCCAGCGCGGUUGUAUUUUUAUUCCACUUUGUUGUAACGGUAUACGUACUGCCAAGUGUAUUUAUACGUGCUCCUUUGGAACGUCAAAAACCAAACCGAGUGAAAACAACCCACCAGCCUGUUACCUUGUGUUCUGCUUGUUGCCGCGUUUUUCUAAGACUUUUGUUGUUGUUGUUGUUACCAGAAAAAUGCCUUGUAAGGUGCACAGGACCCUGUUACCAAACAACUCGCUGCGCUUCUAAUCGCUGUCUUGUAUUACGUCAAGUAUUCGAUGUGGCCUUAUAUGCUAAGGCCUCACAGUUUACUUUGCCCAGCAUUGGGUUGGCUUGACGAGCAAAGUCUUGUAAUCUAAAAAAAA